AUGGCAUUUUCAAUUGGAAGUGAUUUCAGUACCUCAUUUACACAGGACUCCGGUGAAGUUAAAGAAAUGUUUUGUGAGGUUUGUGAUAAACAUGACAAGAAAUAUGUACCUGCUAAAGGAUUUUGUGUGGAAUGUUUUGAGUAUUUGUGUGGGACUUGUCUAAAAUACCAUAAAAUAUAUAUGAAAUCCCACACCAUAAAAGAUAAGGAUAACAUGCCAAAGGAUUUCUGUAUAGCGAAAUGUUCUGUUCAUCAAGAUGAACUGAUCAAGUUCUAUUGUCAAGAUUGUAAGAAAGUUGCAUGUACUGAAUGCAAGAGUCAGGACCAUGGAAAGUGUAGUAUAGUCUGCCAUUUACCAGCUCUUGUUCCAGGGAUUGAAAAUAGCCAAGAAUUUAAAAAACUCACUAAAAAUCUUGAUGAGUUAAUGAAAGAUUUGGAAAAUACAGCAGAGCAAGUGAACAUAAACAUGAAAUAUGUCGCUUCACAAGAAACAAAGAUUUUAGAUACAGUCAUGAAAAAAAAGAAAGAAAUAUUGUCAGUGUUUGAACAACAUCACACAGAUAUAAUUCAAAACUUUGAGAAAAAAAUAGAAGAAACCUUACAAAAACUUGAAGAAGAGAAAAAAAAGAAAAUUAAAAAAUUACAAGAAAAUCAAAGGAAAUUAGAAAAGGUAUUAAAUGAUAUGGAAAAAGAAAUUAAGAGGAAAAUUGAAAUCAUAAAGAAGAAUGACAAGAAAGUUUUACAGAAAGUCAUUGAAGAAACCUCCAAAAUGAAAACAAAACUAAACAGCAUAUCAACAGAGUUGGUGCAUCAUCAAGGUACUACAGAUCAAAGAUGUCAACUGUUUGUUGUUAUGAAGAAGGGACAGGAAAUCAUUGAUCAAUUGAAACCAGAUGCAGAAAAACAAAGUAACAACAAUUCAAUUCAUUAUUACAAGGUAGAAUGCAAAGAUUCUGAACAAAAUAUAACCAAUUUACAAGACUGUCACAAAUUUUUCACCUAUAAAGAAAAACAUGAAUCUGAAGUACAAAGAACUGCAAGUUAUUACACAGAUAUUAAAUUCAGAUGUGACAUCCCGUCAUCUUUAUGUUUAUUAUCUGAAAACUGUCUUCUGGUUACUAAUUAUACUUCUUGUAAGCUGAUUUUAUUCAAGGAUUUGUCAGUCAGCAUGUCAUCAUCUGAUACAAUAGACCUGCCUUCCAACCCAUGGGUUGUUGCUAAAGUUGGCAAUAACAAAGUUGCUGUCACAUUUCCAAGAUCUGAAAUUAUAAGUCUGAUAACAUUUUCUAAGUGUAUGACAGUGACCAACAUUGAAGAUAUAAAAGUAGGAGAAUGUUGUCAUGGUGUUGCCUAUAGUAACAAAAAACUUAUAGUACCAUUCACAGACAGUCCAGCAAGAGUGAAGAUACUUGACAUGUCUGGUAAGGUAUUGAAAAUAUUAAUUAAAGAUCAGCAUGGGACAUGUCUGUUUGCUGAUCCUCAUUACUUAACAGUCAGUGCAGACAACACAGUUAUAUUUGUAUCUGACUUUAGGAAAAACUGUGUGACAGGUUUAACAUUUGAUGGAAAUGUCAAGGCCAUUUAUGAGGAUGACCAGCUGAAUAAACCAUAUCAACUGACAGUAGAUAGGUCUGGAGCAGUGUUUGUAUGUGGAUUUGGGACAAACAAUACACAUCAAUUAUCACCUGACCUAACCAAGGUGAAGAUUCUACUGGAUAUAGAACAAGGAAUAUAUGGACCAGUAGGUGUGGCAUACUGCAAGAAUACAAAAAGAAUAUUAACUAUGUGA